GUUUUAAAACAUCGAGUUCCUGUUUAUCACUGAGUGAAAGGGACUUGAGGUGCUUGUCGCGUGGAUUGUUUCUAUUAAGCAUUAUUGUAUUACAUCAACAUCAUGGGAACAAGUGAGAGCAAGAUGGCUGUAACUGCAGGGAUGAAACCGGAAUCGGCCAUCAAAAAAAGUCAUUUCAGUCAACUAAUGGAUCCACGUUCUCCCUCAGCUGUCAUUAAUCGAACACCCAUUCAGGUUGGUGGGAUUGAGUCCAAAACAUCUGCUGAAGUGAAAAGUGAGUGCCACCUGGCCUUCAUUGAUCCCCGCUCACCUACCAUUGGCAUUAUUCGCACACCUGUCAGAGAUGUCAUGAGGGCAACAGUUGGGUCUUUUGCUCGACGUCUGGGCAUGUUAUUUCACAAUGAGGCAGAAGGCAAAGCCCCAGAGGGCCCUCAGAAAUGCUUCAGUGAUGCUGUGGAGGAGGAUCUUGGUGGUGAAGAGCUAGCUUCCACCAAGCCCCUUCUUUCUUCCCAACUGGCCCAAAACUUUGGCUCACUAGCUGAACAUGCUAACCUCCUGGCCAGCCCUGUUCUUUCCCCGCUGCAGACUACGAAUGACUCAAGCCCCUUUGUGUUUCUUGAGGCACCUCAGGUGGAGGUGGAGAUAGAGACUGAGGCAGAUAUCAGCCUAGAAGAGGCAGAAGAAGCAAGAGAGUCUCCUCUUCACAAGAGGCUGAGCAUGAGCCUGAUAACAUGCCACGAAGGAGUAACCUCAUCUCAGAUCUAUUCUGAAGUGCACAAUGAAAGUGUGGAAACACUCACACAAGGUGUAGAUCACUCCUAUGCCCUGCCUUCUGUCACAGUUGAACCAGAGUCUCCUGAGCCUUCCCUUACCACUGACACAGAUAAUUCCCCAGUUGAGGAAUCCCCUGUGCAGCCUGAGGAAACAGAGAAAGUACCCAUUUCUCAGGAAGCUAAAGCGCUCCAGAGAGGGUCAUCUUUGCUUCCAGAAUCUUGUCUGUCAAAGCCACCCACAGUCUCCAGCCCAGAGCAGCCGCAGGCCUGCACCGGUAUCCGCUGUCCCGCCUUUGACAUUAAGAGCCCCAGUCAGGUGGAGUUUAAGCCACAGUGGUUGGGAAAAGGCUUUGGUGCCCCUGGGUUAAGAGCCAGAGGAAUGCAGGGACUCAGUGGAAAAGGAGGAUCAUCUCCCCUCGCUGUCCGUGUGGCAGUCAAGAAUGUAACUAAUGAAAACAAAGGACAGUCUGGAAAGCUUAAGCAGAAAGGUACUGAAGGCCGCUCCCCACUACAGAUCCUUAAAGAGGCCAACUCACCCCGGGACCAACAUUCUCAGAUGAAGUUGAAGGUGUCCACCCAAGACAAACAGAGGUUUGGACAGAUGGACCGCAGAGUGCAGGCAGUUUCUCUGGAUAAGGAGAACAGAUAAGGCGCUGCAGUAACCCAUACAGACUCUUCCCAUUUUAGAUUUCUUAAAAAUAUAUAUUUUAUGUGUACAAUUUUCAUAAAUUGAUUUUUUUGUCCUCUGUGUGAGUGUGUAUAUAUGUUGCUUUCAAUUGUUGCAUACUGCAGUUUUCUUCUGCGUUUGGUUAUUGUCUGAAUAUAACAGCAAUUUGCAUAAACAUGCCGGUUUUUAAAUUUAAGACUAGUUUGUAUUUUUUCCUCAAUCUUAUUGGUUCUUUUGUUUUUCUUUGAGAAAUUUUAUAGCGUUGUCUCAAAUGCAUGAACUGUAAACCAUACUUGUGUUUAUUUUUUUCACCAACUUAAUAAACGCUUCUUGUCA